AUGGUUUUGAUUGACGGUGUUAAGUAUGCUUGUGAAAGGUGUAUUCGUGGACACCGUGUAUCUACUUGUAACCACACGGAUGUGCAACUGAUACCUAUUAAACCGAAAGGUCGUCCAACAAGUCAAUGUUCACACUGCAGGGAAGCUCGAAAAGCAAGGGCCCUGCAUACGAAAUGUUUAUGCGGUGCAGGUAGCGGAGCAGGAAAGUCCCACGCUCAUGCUCCUACAUGUCCUUGUAACAUUGACCCUUCUCAAUGCACAUGUUUAAAAAACAAAAGAGCAAGGUCAGUAUCUACUUCAUCGAGACGCAGCUCAAAAGGAACGACGCCGCCUAUAAAUGAUAAUAGCACCACGGCAGCAGCUGUUGCGAUAGGUAUCCGACACAAUGAUUCUCAUGUUUCACUUGCAUCUAUCUCAUCCAUGGGUUCAUCUACUUCGGCGCCUCCAUUGUUUGUUCCUAUAACAGACUCCCAACUGUCUGCUUCUUCUUUAGCUCGUAGUGCGGGCCAUAACCUGCCGCAACUGACUACAAAUUAUGAUAACAGCCCUUAUUAUAGCCAAUCAUCUUCAUAUGCAUCACCAUCUCCCAUUAACUCGAACACGGCAAGUUUUAUAUCAUUGGCACAUCCUUUAAAUCUAGCAUCUUUGACGAGUACGGGCGACGGAUCAAGAAAUCGAAGCAACAGUCUACCGAAGGGUGGAAACCGCAGCGAGAGUAGUCCUGUUGGUGGUCUCGUCAACGACUAUGCCUCAAGUCAAGUCGAUAGUACUGAGAAUUUCUUUGAAAGGGCUAUCGCUUCUCAUAUCCCACAGAGCGAUAGCGACGCUUAUGCUGAUGACGAGCCCUGGUUGGCUCUGACCGCGACUGCUACCAUAACUGCUAACAAUUAUUCACAGCCAUCUUCUGGCUCACUCUCAAUGUCUCCUCAGCAUACUGGAAGUGCCAAUAGCAGUGUUGCAGGCAGUGUUAAUGGAAAUGUCAGCCAUAACAUGGCUAAUGAAAUUCCCUCUGGUGAUGUCUCCUCGAGGUUCCCUAUGAGCCAGACUAUUUUGGACAGCGUUGAACCCUCACAACAAAAAGUAGAGCUUGACAAAUCGAUAGCUGGCUAUUUAGAACGAACUAGCGGUGUUAUAUACAGCGGAUCAGACACCGUCGGAAUCAAUGAAAGCUCAAUGGGAAAAAACGCGGCAGUGGAUGUUAACGAUGCGGCAGUUAAAAAGACCAACACUCAAUUAUGGCUAGAUAUACUGGGAACAACUGAACCUGACGAAGGUUUCGACUGGCCUGCUGUUAGCGAGGCUUCUGUUCGAUCGGUAGCUCUUCCCUCUGAGAGUGGUCUAUCAUCUACCUUCGAUGAUGCAACACCCCAAACAAAUGCAUAUCUGUACAACUCGUUCCUUCCUCGCAAUUAUGAAGAUGGUGGUUAUGUCGAUAAUGUUGAGCGCCCCCCUUCUACUGAAGUGACGGCACAAUCACACCAGAAAGCUACUGCUACCGAAUCCAUUACUGGUCGGUCACUACCUGAUAUGUGGAAUUAUUUCGCUGAGUAA